CGUUCUAAAAGCAGCCGGCUAUGACGAAAGUAUGGAAGGACUAGAACAUUUACAGUUUACUAGUGGCAUGUCAGUUGGAGGGCCGUACAUAACAGGUCUUCCAAUACACAGAGUGUUAAAUCCUAAAAAUAACGUGAUGUUAGCAUGGGAGAUGAACGGAAAAAAACUUCAUCCUGAUCACGGGUUCCCAUUGAGGGUCAUAGUACCUGGAGUGAUAGGUGCAAAAUCGGUAAAACAAAUAGAAAAAAUCGAAGUUCGAAAAGAAGAAUGUCAGGCGCAUUGGCAUAAAAAACUUUAUAUAUAUUUUGGUCCGUACGUUACACUCGAAAAUGUCGAUUACACCUCUUUAUCACCCGUACAGGAAUUACCUGUAAUAUCUGCUAUAUUUUCGCCUGCUCAUGGAGAAACUGUAUCGCCAACCGGCGGGAAGAUUACAGUAAAAGGUUUCGCAUUCUCAGGAGGCGGUAACAAAAUUGCGAGAGUGGAAGUUAGUAUAAAUAAAGGAAAAACUUGGAUGCCCGCCAAAAUAACCGAUGCCGGAAAAGAUCCGGUUCCGUAUCAUUUUACUUGGACUCUUUGGCAGGUCGAUGUACCAACAAAUGGAAAAAACUGCGUUGAUUUGUGGGUAAAAGCUGUAGAUUCUUCGUGCAAUGUACAACCGGAAAGUUGGGAACACAUUUAUAAUAUUAGAGGGGUCGCCUGUACUGCUUUCCACAAAAUCCGGGUAAACGUAAAAUAAAAAAAACAUAAAUUUAUUGUUUAUUUAACUAAAUAUAACUACAAACUGUUA